AUAAGAUUCGCUCUGAUGACUGUAUAUGUCUGUACUUAUAACGUGCUAUGCCGCAGACGUAGCCAUUCGUUCUCCGAUCGUCUGAUCACGAUGGAGUCGUCGUUGUUUCCGUCGUUGUUAUUCUCGUCGCCUUUUGCGAUUUUAUUGACCACUUUAGUUACCAUCGGUAUGCUGAAGGUUAUCGCCUAUCUGCAUCAUCAGCAUAUAUACUGGAAGAAACGAGAUGUUCCUCAAAUACGCGCGAUUCCGGGCAUGAAAAUGGGCUGGAAAAUGUUUCUGCAACGUAUAAGCUUUAUGGAGUACAUCCUAUUUCUUUACAAUCAUGUGCCAGAUGCAAAGUACAUCGGCCUUAUGGAUAUGGCCACUCCUCUUGUCUUCCUGCGCGACCCUGAGUUGAUCAAAGACGUAAUGGUGAAAGACUUCGAGCACUUCCCGGAUCAUAAGACCUUCUCGAACGAAGAGGUAGACCCGUUGUUUGGUAAGAACGUCUUCUCCUUGCGUGGCAAUCGCUGGAAAGAAAUGAGGAACACACUCAGCCCUUCCUUCACCGCUAGCAAGAUGAAGGUCAUGUUCGAACUAGUGUCCAAGUGUUCCCGCGAGUUCGUCGAAUACCUGGCCGAUCAUCCAGAACUGUGCUCCUCCAUGGAUACGAAGGAGGCUUUCAGACGAUACACUACCGACGUGAUCGCCACGUCGGCUUUCGGCAUCAGUGUCAACUCCAUGAGAGAUCGGGACAACGAAUUUUUCAUCAGGGGUCUUGAGACUUCCAAGUUCAGUGGUUUCAAGUUCAUACUAAAAUCCAUAUUUCUUCGCGCGUGUCCACGAUUAGCGAAAAUGCUGGGAUUCAGCUUUUUCUCGCCGGCCGCGUCGCAGUUCUUCAGGAGAACCGUGGCGGAGACAAUCAAAGUCCGGGAAGAACAAGGUAUCAUCCGGCCAGACAUGAUUCAUUUACUGAUGCAAGCUCGGGACAAGGAAGGUGCGCAUGAGAUGACACUAGAUGACAUUGUCGCGCAGGCCCUACUUUUCUUCCUCGCCGGUUUCGACACAUCGGCGACGCUCAUGUGUUUCAUCGCCCAUGAGCUCGCGGUGCAUCGAGACAUUCAAGACCGCCUUUGGGAAGAGGUGGAGAAGCAUUUUACCGAAGGAAAUGGCGAGAUCACCUAUGAGGCGAUGUCGAAGAUGGUUUACAUGGACAUGGUGGUGUCGGAGGCGCUGCGGAAAUACCCGCUGAAUAUAAUUAUCGACAGGCUCUGCGCCAAGAAAUACGAACUUCCGCCGACAAAGCCUGGCUACAGAAGCGUCGUCAUUGAGCCUGGCUCCACAACGUGGACGCCUGUUUAUGCGCUGCAUCAUGACCCCAAAUAUUUCCCGAAUCCCUCCAAGUUCGACCCCGAGAGGUUCAGCGACGAAAACAAGGACAACAUCGUGCCGUACACUUACUUGCCCUUCGGCUUAGGGCCUAGGAAAUGUAUCGGCAAUCGCUUUGCUCUCAUGGAGACGAAGCUCUUGGUGGCUCACCUUCUUCACAGAUUCAUGUUCAAGACUACGGGGAAAACUGUCGAGCCUAUCGUAUUUGAUAAGAAGCAUUUCACGUUGGUGCCUGAUGGCGGUUUCUGGAUCGCCUUAGAGAAGAGGCAAAAGUGAAUUGGGAUACAGUAGGAGGGAGGGAUAGUUUAUUAUGCAUCUUCAACAGAUAUGACUAGUCCUUUUAUAAUUAGGAUAUUCAACAUAUGAAUGUAGAUAAGAUCGCUCUUGAGAGCGGUGGAAAUUCAUGAGACUUUUAACGCGAUACGAAGGUCAAGUGUUUUUCAUUAGUGAUAGCGAUAAAUUACUCGUCAUUUUCCUUGUUACUGAUUUGUACUAUAUGUAUUUAAUAGCAAUCGAAUGUCAUUGUUGCUUUAUAUUUUUAUUACGUUAAGCUUUUGUGAUAUACACAUAUAUACGUGUGAAAUAUAUUGUCAUCAAUAAAUGAUCUUGUGACAACAAUAAAACGUUUUGGAAAAAUUA